AUAUAUGCCCUAAUACCGCAGAUCCCUGUACACUACCAUAACGAACGAUUACCAUUCUAGUGUUCCCCCUCCGAACAAGAAAAGAAUUCAAGAUCACUUUGGUGCUCUCAUAUAAAAUGCCAAACGCUGUGGAUGUGGCCCCAUUUGCCCCAGUUACGCGUUAUAUCAAUGCCUGCCAGUCGCCGACGUCGCGGAAGUGGAAGCGCCAGAAGCUUUAAUAGCGUCAUGUCGCCACAGCUACGCAAAGGAAUCCCUCUCAUCCACAGACGAAAUGAAGAGCUCAUCGGUGAUAGGAUCAAAGCCGACGUCAAGAAGCGCAUUGCCAAGAUGGCGACGCACCGACGCAGACAUGAAUUCUUUGGCGGACUAUGGUUCUCUUGUGCAGGGACCAGCUGCGCCACAUAUCGGAGCGUCAAUAGCCUCGAGGACUGGGAUAUAUAUUAUCCGUACUUCGAAUCUGAGGCUGACGUACUUCUUGGCUCUGACACGACAGCCACCUCUCUGACAUCAAUGGAUUCCUUGCUUCCUUCUGUUUGUUAUAUUUCUCAGCAAUUGUCCACGGUCGUCAGUCCUGGAGCUGAUGCGGACUUUGCAGAAUAUUCGAACACCGAUUUAUCAAUACCAUGAAACGGCAUAUAUACCAGCUGCUGAAAGAUGUUUUGAACACGGGGCAACAACGACGAUACUGCCGGGGUCGGCGCUGAGUUCAACAACUUCAAGUUG